AUGGACCAAGCCGUAUACGAAGUUCUUUCACGCGUUCUUUCACCAGAUCCCAAUGUACGAAUGUCGGCUGAGCUAAGACUGAAAGAACUAAUAAUUAAUUUAAAAAAUUAUGUGGUUUCGCAUUGGUCUUCUACCUCAGAAACGUUUGCAGGGGUAGAAGCUACUGAUGAGGCAUAUGUUAUAUCAAAAAUUGCACAUAAUGAUUGGCCUGAUUAUUGGCCUGACCUCUUAGACUUAUUGAUAUCGCUUUUAAAAACCGGUUCACCAGAGCAAGUGCAUGGUGCGAUGAGAGUUAUGACCGUUACUAAGUUUUUGGAAAGGUUUAUUCUUAUAGAACGCGUGGACGCAACAGAAUCGUUUCUAAUGGCACCCGUCAUUCCAGAUUGGUUACAAAUUUUUAUCACCAUUUUGAAGCAACAUACUACAGACAAUGAAGAACGUGAAUUUGAAGAGUAUGGUUUAAAAUUGGAAGUUGAAACCUGGUUAGCAGAUGCUAAUCAAUUUGUUGCUGAUGAUGAUGAUGAGACAUUCAACUUCACCGUUAGGGUUGCGGCAGGGGAUCUCUUAGAAUUUCCUGAAAAAACGCUGCAAGCUCUCGCUGAAACAACACAACACCUUAUCGAAGAAUCUAAUAUAGCUCGUGCUGCAGCUGUAGGAUUUGUUUCUAAUGAACUCACAACAGCUUUGCAAGAUAAUACUCCCAAAGUUAAAUUUGACCUGCCUGGACUAUUCGAGCAUGUAGUUUUUGGCCAUUUGACCGCAACAGGUAGUCAAUAUGCAACACUGUUACCUGGUGAACUUGCAUCGCGCUACGUAUCUGAAGCUGUCUGUGCAAUCCAAGGGAUUGGUGCUAUACCUGUGAAAGUAUCUGCUUUACGAGCAUUGCAGAAUUUCUGUCGUCAUUUGGACGUUCAAUAUGUGGCACCGUUUCAAUCCAAUAUAAUCGAAAGUGUUGCAAAUCUUUUGAAUGUUGUAUCAGAAGACUCGCUAAUACUCGUAUUAGAAACACUUGAAGAAGCCAUCAAAAUUAUCAAAUUACUUUUAUCAGAUCUUCAAAAUGCAACAGAAGGAGACAACCUAAAGCGUUCUGAAUUAGAUGAUAUUUUAGACGAUGAGGAGGCUAUUGAGACUGAUGAUGACGAUGAUGAAUGGGAAGAUGUCGAAGAGCCUUCUCCAUUUGCUCCUUCGGAAGAUUACAUUGUCCUUUCAGGUAAUAAUUUGUGUAAAUAA